AUGGUCAGCAUGGGUCAACGGGAGAACGGGGACAAUACGGUCCCUACCUCAAAUAUACAGCCUCCGGAAGACACGUCUUCAGUGGCUGGCAAGGAUGUCAGCAUGGGUCAACAGGAGAACGGGGACAAUACGGUCCCUACCUCAGAUAUACAGCCUCCGGAAGACACAUCUUCGGUGGCUGGCAAGGAUGUGCCCACGGACGAGCAACCUGGUUUGCCGCGGAGUGAUGAUAUUGGAUCUGGUCUACUUCAGACUGAGAAUACUGGGCCCUCAACUGCAGGGGAUUGUGAGAUGAACGUCGAUCCGGAGCAAGCUGAUGUCGACCAUCAAAUGGAGGAUGGUCCACAUACCAAUGGUCCAGAAAAUUUGGGAGACGGCGGGGCUGGACAAGGAGCUGAAGGGUCUUCUGACGAGGCAAAUCGUAUGUCGGAAGUUCACGAGGGCGAAAAGCAGGGGCAAGACGGAGAACGACCCGACGAGGAGAACCGAAUGUCAGAAGAUGGUGAGGAGGAAAGGCCAGACGACAGUUCGUCGGACAAUGAGACCGAGAAGCAGGGGCAAGGGGAUGUUCCACCAGUCCAGGAGGACAGAAUGUCGGUCGAUGGAGAGGGGGUAGGCCCAGAGCAAAACAAUGAUUCCUCAGACAUGGAGAGGAAUACAUUGGAAGACAGCCAAGGCGAAAAGGAGGGGGAGAACGCACCUCCUGCUCCUCUUAUUUUGAGGAUUCCUCCUGUUUCCCAGAUAAACAGGAGCAAAAACACCACGGCUGACUCCUCUCAGAAAGGGAAAGGGAAGGGCCGGCAGGGCCUUUCCAAGCGGCCUCCCAAACGCAAGCCGACGCAGGCUACCGACACAUUUGAUUCGGACGACGACCUGUGUAUUGAUGUCGAUCUGUACGACAGCAACACCACCCUUGAUGUCGUCAGCACUCCGGAGAAGGUGUAUGGCACCAAAGUUUGGUCCACCUACAACGGUCGUGGCCAACUUAAAAGUUUCUGCGUUGUUGCCCAUAGUCAAGCCGACGUGGAUCGUGUUGAAAGGGUUCUGGAAUUGGUCAAGAGUGACUACGUCGAUGGAGUUCCAUUGCACAUAGCACAUCCCGAAGAAUCAUGUUUUGCGGUAUUCGACCGCAGCACCACGAAAUCCAUGUAUCUGAUGGAGUCUUUCUCUGAAAGGAACGUCGUCCUUAUGUCUCCUUCUCAAGAGGAGUCUAUUUCAACUUGCUCCGACGAGUUCUACAGCCAGGUACGUCGCCAUAUGGGUGAUAUGACGAGCACCAGGUCAAUCCAAGAUAUGUCGACCAUGUCGUCUAACCCCAUCGAGAGGAUUAAGCGUGGGUCCCUCUCUCAGGUCAUGGAAGCAGCGAGGAUGAAAGGCAAAAGAGGAAAGAUCCUCAAUGCCCUCGACAUCCCUUUACCUCAUGCAGGCGCUCACUCUUUUGACUUGAGUACUGAGGCGGCUGCUCUUCGGGCUACAUCUGGUAGCUGGAAGUAUAGUACCCCCGUCCCAUUUGGUGAUAUGUCGUGGGGACUCGUAGCUACAGAGGGGGCAUUUUUAGAUAUCCAUAUCGAUGCCAAUGGUUUCUGUUCCUUCAUCCAACCUCUUCAUGGACUGAAGCUGUGGAUUAUCAUGUAUCCCAGACGGUUGGAUGUUGACCUUUCUUCUGACCGCCGUGUAUUUCUGGGAGACAAGCUGGAUUACGGGAAACGCACCACCAAGACUGGAUUUACGAGGCGAUUGUUCUCGAUAACCAGUCAGAACUAUUUUUAUGAAAUGUACCAUGUCCCAUUCUACAGUACGCAGUCCGGAUACUCGAGCUUGAUAGCUCUGUGCGUGUGCAUGAUCUUGGCAAAUGCGCUCGACUACGAGACCUAUCGAAAUCCCGAUCAGAUGUUCUCCACCAAGACUUCGGCACAGUUAGACGCAUGGAUGCGGUGGGAUACCAACAGCCUGAGCGACGAAGAGCGCAAGGCGUGCAUUUUUGCCCGUGGCGAAGCCUUGGCUAUUCUAGAGUGGCUAUGUCAUCGCACGAAGUCCAUCCACUACAUGAUUGAGACGGACAAAAACAAGGAUGCACAAAAUAUCAUGGCGACAGAAAAGUUCCAUGAAAUGAUACUUUGCCGCUAUGCCCGUAUGAUUCUAGCCUACGACGCAGAAGCCAAACAUAACAACAUUGGUGGUGCCCCUUGCUGUACCGACACCAGUUUGCUUUUUGUCCAGCUUCAGGGCGUCUGCAGCGGAGAAUUGAACAAGGUUAUAUGUCGCAGUAUCGACCAGCUUCCUCGUUCCUCGGUCCCAAAGAUGCUCAAUUUACCCGUAAUCACUCUCAUUGACUGUGAUGCCUGUGCGGAUUCCUCAACGCAAUUGAGAACUCCCAAGGAGAUUCUGGAACUUGGUACGAGUGUGAGGGAUAAACUGUAUCUGGAUGGCAUGAAAGUCAAGCUGGAGAGCACAAAUCCGAAAUCAGAGUCUGUUCCGCCUUCUAAACGACGGCGACUUUGA